GAUUCGACCAGAUGCAACGAGUGUUUGGCAAUUGGGAAAUUGAAAAGCGAAUGAAAAUGCCCAUCAAAAGUUGUUUGGUGUUGUAAUUUCAGUCAGCUCUGUUAGCUGAAGCACAUGAGCAACGGGCGAACGAGCGUGAGAGAACGGACGCAACAAAGAGGAGCGUGUGAGUGAGAAGGUGCGGCAGAGUGAACGGGAAGCAGCAACAAGACGUGAGCAACACUCGACCGAGACGUAAUGAUCUCGUGUAUUGUGAGGUGCAAACAACGUGAAAAAUCAACCCCUACUGCUGCGCCAAGGUGUACCAGUCUAGAAGUACAAAGGGAUCCUACACCUUCCCCUAAACAAAGGGCUCCGUUAGUAGGGACAUUGGGAAACAAAAGCUACCUUCAGGGUUCUUUGAGUGACGACGCAGUCCUGCGUACAUGCAACAUUUGUGGUUGACCAGAUUGGAAAACAUUCACCGGCCGGAGCCAUUGGGAAGGCUUUGAAGAUACCAUAGCAACCAGUAGUGAAAUUCUGCAGUAGUGUCGGCAACAGUAGGCGCUUCCAUUCUAAAAUCAUUGCAACGAUAACAAAACAGUAGGUGCGCUGAUAAAUUAACACAUCGGUGCAGCUGCUGGUGGCUAGAAAAGGCCGCGUAAAAUGUCCGAAAAUCGGGACGAAAUUCUUGCUGACUUCCAGAGCAUAACGGCCAUUGAAGAUGUCGCCGAGGCUAUAUUUCAUCUGGAAGCAUCGAACUGGAAUUUGAUUUCUGCCAUUCAACGUGUACUGCCACAGGAUCCGAACGAUCGAGCCAGCAGCAAUGGAGGGCACAGCACAUCACACAACAGCAACAGUGCCGGAUCGUCAUCAUUGUUUGCCGGCAGUAGUUCCAGCAUGGGCUUGUACAGCAAUAACCUCAACUAUCUGGACGAGUUGCCAGACGUGGAGGAACAGAUGACCGCUCCGUCCUCACCGGUGAAAACGAAUUUUGCCGCCAGAAAGAGUGCAGGCAAUGUUAGCAGUAGCGGUGCGGCUUUUAACAUUUCAGAUGUUGGUGCAUCCUCUUCGCGAUCCAACAGUAAUCAUGAUUUUCGCACUGCGCUAAACUAUCUGGACACGAAACCGUUCGAUGUGCUGUUUAACGUGCAGUUUAAAAAUGAACAUCAUCAGAUCAGUAUAUCGAAUCAAGCGACGAUCGGUGAUCUGAAGGCAAAGAUUUUCGACAAAACACGGGUGCCGGUGUGUCGACAGGCGCUGAAAGGUUGGGAAUCCGGCAAACAGAAAGAAACGACUAACCUUAGCACUCCACUGAAGGCGCUCAACAUCGUUGGUAAGGAGGUGAAUUUGAAGCUGACCGAUCUUACAGCGGAAGGUUUUAUUGGGGACGUCGACGUGAAUGCUCAUCCUGCAUUAAAUUUGCAAAUGUAUCUCCUGCACAUUAACGUACAGCCCGGUAACCAGCUGCUGCAUCUGAACUUUCCCGCUCAACAGGAUAUUCUGUCGAUCAAAAAUCAUGUGUACACCAUCACGGACAUCCCGGUACGUCAUCAGGUGUGGUCCGGGUGGCCUAGCAACAUUACCAACCACACGACGCUGGCCGAGUCGGGGUUGGGACUGGAGCAUAAUCUGCUGCUAAAGCGCGCAGAGGAAAGUGCGAUCAAGCCCAUCAACAAUAACAACAAUAACAAUAACAACACUAAUAGUAUCAGCAACAGCCAUCUGUUGAAUGCACUCAGCAGUGCGGGCACUAGUGCCAACAACAGUCACAGCAGCAGUAGCAGCAGUCGUCAUAUGAUGAACUUUGGCAACGAUAGCUUACCGAUCAUUCCAGUGGAUUCGGAGAGCAGCGGCGAGGAGUUUGAGGAUGCGUCGGAUUUCAAUAACGAUGACGAUAUCUUCACCGAAACGCCAAUUAUAAAUCAGCAGAAGCGUUUAAUACCGGAUAAUGUGGAUGAUGAAACGAUUGGAAGUAUACAGUUUGUGGAGAAUUUUGCUGAACGAUACGGUCCACAGCAUCCGAUGUUCUUCCAGGGCAGCCUGGAAGACGCGCUGAAGGAGGCUUGUCAUCGUCAAUCGGCCCGAGACCGUAAGUUGUUGGCGAUAUAUCUGCAUCACGAUGGAAGCGUACUGACGAAUGUGUUUUGCGGUCAGCUAUUAGCGUGUGAAAGCAUCAUACAGAUUCUGCUGGAACAUUUCGUCCUUUACGGGUGGGAUUUGUCGUUCGAAAGUAACAAAAAUAUGUUUUUAUCGUCAAUAUCAGCUUGUGUGGGCAUGACGGCUUCGAUAACGGUGCGUAACAUCCCAACCGAUCGGUUACCGGCCAUUCUUGUGAUAUCCAAAAAUCGCAGCCAAUGCGAAGUGUUUCAGGUGAUCUAUGGUAACGUUGGAGUGGAUGAUCUGCUGUCGAAGCUGAUGGAAGCGUCCGAUAUGUACACGGAACAGUUGAAGAUUGAGCUGCGUGAAGAAAAUGAACGGUUCGCCCGGGAGCAGGUGAAACUGGAGCAGGAUGCUGCUUAUCGCGAAAGCCUCGAGGCGGAUCGGGCUAAACAGGAAGCCAAACGGCAGAAGGAGAUGAUGAUGCAAUCCGAACGGCGCCGACUAGAGUCAGAACGGGCGGAAAACGAAGCAAAGCGUGAGCUGAUCCGUGCGAAGGCACGCAGCACGGUACCGGAUGAACCGCAGCAGAGCAGCGGAGAAAGCAUAACCAAGAUUCGGGUCCGCACACCAGCAGGGGAAAUGCUGGAGCGCAAGUUUACCGUCGACACACCGUUGGAACUGCUGUUGAAUUAUAUCACCGCCGAGGGGUACCUGAUCGAUGAGUUUAAAGUGAUCUCUGGGUGGCCUCGUAAAGACUUAACAACACUGAACCACGAAAGCACACUGAAGGAACUUAAACUAUAUCCGCAGGAAACGUUGAUCCUCGAGGAACGAUGAUUGAACCACUAAAAUUGCGCCAGUAAACCGUAUCGCUCAUCGUCCCUAAAAGCAACCACUACCAUUCUCCGUCGUGCUCUGCAAAGGAAAAGAUCUCCUGUUUUUCCUUGGGAGAGAAAGCCUUUUUUCUGUGUCCCGUAAACUAUCCCAUGGGCUUUUUGUUACUCGGAUUCGAUUUUCGGUCAAAAUUGUUGGGUGGUAUUUAUUGAUACGAUAGGGAUGAAACUCGAAAAUCAUAACCCGGUUCAAACACGGCUGAAAGUGAUGCUCCACAAAUACGCCCCGCACUAACAUGUAGGUUUUUAGGAUGAUUUUUAAUGUUUUUUUUUGUAGUGUACCUUUACCAAACAACUGUGUUAACUAUAUUGUUGGCCAAUUUUGCGAUUCAUUAUGUGUACGUUGGUUUCUAUGUUCUGCGUUUCUCUUUCAGUCCCUGUUAUGUACUAAAAUUGAUGUGUUCUACUUUUUCACCUCUUCUUGUCCUGUUUUUCAGUUCCUUAGCAAAACUAUGUAUAAAUGUGUGUGCGUGUAUGUGUGUGUAUGUUAACAAUUACCUGGUCUUCUCCUCCCUUCCCUUCUAAGUAAUGCUGAGCUCAUGGGGGAAAUAGGAUGAUGCUUAUCUUGAAGAUUCGAAUAAUUGAUUUGUACUCGCGUCAAUCCCCGUUGUGAAAGCGUCACGCGGAGAAGCCGUUGAUUUGAGAAUAGUGUGGGCACAUAUUCAUAAUAAGUCGAUAAGGUUCUUGUUUAUGGAA